GCUGCUGCUCCCGCCGCCGCCGCCGCCCGGCUCGCCCCCGGCUGGGUACUGAGCUAGGAGGAGGCAGCGCCCGGUUCCUCUCCCCCCAUGAUCGCCAGCAUGAACGUAGCCCUUCAGGAUCUCGGCAACAACAUGGCUGAGUAUAAACGAGCAAUGUUCCAAGAUGAUGAAGCUCCAGAUACUGUUGGAGAUGGAAGCACAUCUCCCGACGGCGUGGAGGUGGGCUUCAGGAAAGGGGAUGGCCCACUGCUGAGUCGCCUGGGCUCCCGAACCCAGCUGAAGUUGGUGCUCUUUGCCCUUUCUCUCUUUGUGGCUCUGCUGCUGCUGAGUUCGGUCAUUGCCAUGGGCAUCCAAUACAGCAAAGAUCCCUCACACACCACGUGCCUGACUGAAGCUUGCAUCAUCGUGGCUGGUAAAAUCCUGGAGGCUCUGGACCGACAGACCCACCCCUGUGACGAUUUUUACCAGUACGCCUGUGGCGGGUGGAUCAAGCGGAACCCGCUGCCAGAUGGCCGCUCCAAAUGGAGCACCUUCAACAGCAUUUGGGAUCAGAACCAGGCCAUCAUGAAACACCUGCUAGAGAAUGCCACUUUCAACUCCAGCAGCGAGGCUGAGCGGAAGACCCAGCGCUAUUACCUCUCUUGCUUGAAAGAGCAGAAGAUUGAGGAACUGGGCUCCCAGCCCUUGAUGGAUCUCAUUGAGAAGAUUGGAGGAUGGAACAUCACUGGAACCUGGAACCAGACCAAUUUCAUGGAGGUCUUGAAACUGGUGUCGGGAACAUACCGGGCUUCUCCGUUCUUUACAGUUUUUGUGGGCCCUGAUUCCAAAAGUUCCAACAGCAACAUCAUCCAGCUGGAUCAGUCCGGCCUUUUCUUACCCUCACGGGAUUACUACCUGAACAAGACCGCCAAUGAGAAGGUACUGGCUGCCUACCUGGACUACAUGGUGGAGCUGGGAAUGUUGCUGGGUGGAGCCAAAGCUUCCACGGAAGAGCAGAUGCAGCAGGUGCUGGAACUGGAGACGCAGCUGGCCAACCUCACCGUGCCCCAAGACGAACGGCGAGACGACGAGAAGAUUUAUCACAAGCUGAACAUUGCCGAGCUACAGGUUCUUGCCCCCGCCAUCGACUGGCUGGACUUCAUUUCCUAUUUCCUCUCACCGUUAGAGCUCACUGAUGCUGAACCUGUGGUGGUUUAUGGCAAGGAAUAUUUGGAGCAAGUGUCCCAGCUCAUCAAUAACACUGACAAAAGCGUCUUGAACAAUUACAUGAUUUGGAACCUGGUUCAGAAAACCGCCUCCAGCCUCGAUCAGAGGUUCGAGACAGCCCAGGAGAAGCUGUUGGAGACCCUGUAUGGUACCAAGAAGUCCUGCACCCCUCGCUGGCAAACCUGCAUCUCCAACACAGAUGACACUUUGGGCUUUGCCCUUGGGGCAUUGUUCGUAAAAGCCACCUUUGACCGACACAGCAAACAGAUUGCUGAGGACAUGAUUGCUGAGAUCCGCACAGCCUUUGAGGAAUCACUGGACCAUCUUGACUGGAUGGAUGAGAAAACUAGACGAGCUGCUAAAGAGAAGGCGGACUCCAUUUAUGACAUGAUCGGCUUCCCAGAGUUCAUCCUAGACAACAAGGAACUGGACGAUGUCUACGACGGGUACGAUGUCUCUGAAGACUCCUUCUUCCAGAACAUGUUGAACUUCUACAAUUUCUCUGCCAAGUUCAUGGCGGACCAGCUGAGGAAACCCCCCAACCGGGACCAGUGGAGUAUGACCCCACAGACAGUCAACGCCUACUACCUGCCUACCAAGAACGGCAUCGUCUUUCCUGCGGGGAUCCUACAGGCUCCCUUCUACGCCCUCAACCAUCCCAAGGCCCUCAACUUUGGAGGCAUUGGCGUCGUGAUGGGGCAUGAGCUUACCCACGCUUUCGAUGACCAAGGCCGAGAAUAUGACAAAGAAGGAAACCUGCGUCCCUGGUGGCAGAACUCAUCGCUGGAGGCUUUCAAGAACCGGACAGAGUGCAUGACGGAGCAGUACAGCAAGUACGUCGUCAACGGGGAACACGUCAACGGCAAGCAGACCCUGGGCGAGAACAUUGCUGACAACGGGGGACUGAAAGCAGCCUACAAUGCUUAUAAAGUCUGGCUGAAGAAGAAUGGGGAGGAGAAGCGCCUGCCCUCCGUGGACCUCACAAACCACCAGCUCUUCUUCUUAGGAUUUGCACAGGUUUGGUGUUCCGUGCGGACCCCAGAGAGCGCGCACGAGGGCCUGGUGACUGACCCGCACAGCCCUGACAAGUUCCGGGUCAUUGGCACCCUCAGCAACUCCCGGGACUUUCUGGAGCACUUUGAGUGCCCCGUUGGCUCUCUCAUGAACCCUGGGAAACACUGCGAAGUGUGGUAGAGGAAGAGGGAACGAAAGGAGAAGCUGCCACUGGCGGGAGUCUGUACAUACAUACAACUGCCCCUGGCACAAUCCAGCCUGCAGGAGCCAAGCUAAGCCCCGGCACUCACUCCCUGGGGAGCAGCUAGCGGCCUUGCCCGGUCGGCUUUGGCCAGCGCCGGCUCCUUCCCCUUUGGCCCCAGGAAAAGGGUGAGCUUCACCAGUGCUCCCUGCUGA